UUUCACAAUAUUUUUUGAAGUCAUACAAUAAUUAUUUCAAUAGUAAAUAUAGUCGAGCGGAUUGAUCACAAGUAUAAUUCUUAAAUAAAAACAAUAUAAAUUUUAUAUUUAUAAAAUACUUUGAAUGGUGUCCUUGCAACGUGAACAAUUUAAUACAAAUAAAAAUAAAUCUUUACAACAUUUGGUGCCUAUAUUAUUGCUGUUAAAAGACAUUUUAAAAAGUGAUCACUAUUUGUGCAAUAUUUUCGAAAAAGAUAUUUUAGAUAUUUCUGAAAACUGUCAAGUUUGUAGAAAAAUGGCAGCAUUACCUCAAGGUGCAUUUGUGGCAUGCAAAUUACGUGAACAAUAUCGUGAUAGAGAUUUAAUAAUUUCUCGAUUGAAAUCAAGCGGCGAAAAAAAUGAACCGAAAAUUUUCAGCGGCAACAAAAAAUUAAUGGAAUACAGUCCAGUAAAGUACAACGAGAAAUUAAUGAAUUCAAUUUGGGGAUUCUAUAAUCGUUAUUCACCCCAUAAUAUAAAAAGUAAUGAAAUCGUUUCCUUCGAUCUUGCUUAUAAUCAGCAACAGCAAUCUGCUGUUGCUAAUCAAGCCAUUGCUCAUAAUAUAGCAAUGGCUGUCACUACCGGUAAGGAAUGGACUUUUAUGGACAAAAAGUAAAACAUUUAUUGGUCUCAGAAACAUUAAACAUUUUUUCGUCUUAACAUAAAUACAUAGAUAGAUAAAUACCAUGUAAGAAAUUAAAUUUUCAUCUAUACAAAUAUUUUUGUAACAACUUAUUAAAUUUAUACAAAUUGAUUUAAAUUUUGAAAAAAUAAAAAUGAACACUUUUAAUUUUCCAAUUAGUUUAAAUAGCAUGAUUCGUAUGUAGGAACCAUGUACUUGAUAUUAAUAAAAGCAUCUUCUCCUCCAUGUAUUUCCAAAAUUUGAAGUGUUUCAUCAAUUAAGUCUCCUAGAUUCAUAUUUUUCUUUUGAGUAUAGUCAAUUUCAUCUCCACAAUUAACUGUAAUAAUUUACAAAAUAAAAAUUAAUAAAAUAAGUACAAUUUAA